UUCUUGCAACUGCUUGCUCAGAGAGAGAGAGAAAGAAAGUGUGUGUGUGUUGUUUUACGAUUAAAAUGACGAUUCCGGUGAUUGACAUGUCAAAGCUCGAUGGCGAGGAGCGAGCCAAGACAAUGGCCGAGAUCGCUAAUGGGUGUGAGGAGUGGGGAUUCUUUCAGUUGAUCAACCAUGGGGUACCAGUGGAGCUGUUGGAGAGACUGAAGAAGGGGUGCUCAGAGUGCUACAAGUUGGAGAGAGAAGAAGGAUUCAACAAAUCUGUCCCAGUUAAGAUGCUGGAUGAGAUUUUGGUUGCAGAGAAGGAAAAGAGUGAGAAAAAGGUGGAGGAGGAGGUAAAGAAGAGGGUGGAGGGUGUAGAUUGGGAGGAUGUUUUUGUUCUCCAAGAUGAUAAUGAAUGGCCUUCCAUUCCCCAUGACUUCAAGGAAACCAUGGGCGAGUACCGAAGGGAGCUGAAGAAGUUGGCAGAAAGAGUGAUGGAGGUGAUGGAUGAGAACCUUGGGCUUGAAAAGGGCUACAUAAAGAGGGCAUUUGGAGGGCCUGAGGAGAAUCCAUUCUUUGGGACAAAAGUGAGCCAUUAUCCCCCCUGCCCGAGGCCCGACCUCGUCGCCGGCCUGCGAGCCCACACUGAUGCCGGGGGCGUCAUCCUCCUCUUCCAGGACGAUGAAGUCGGUGGCCUCCAGAUACUCAAAGACGGCCAGUGGAUCGACGUUCAGCCAAUCAAAAAUGCCAUUGUCAUUAACACUGGGGACCAAUUGGAGGUGAUCAGCAAUGGGCGGUACAAGAGCGUGUGGCACCGAGUUCUCGCCCUCCACGAAGGUAACCGACGCUCCAUCGCCUCAUUUUAUAACCCCUCACUCAGUGCCACCAUUGAGCCUGCGGCUAAGCUCCUCAUGCAUCUUGAGGCUGAGAAUGAGACCACUGUGGACAAGGUUAAGUACCCGAGGUUCGUGUUUGGGGACUACAUGCAGGUGUAUCAGUGCCAGAAGUUCCUCCCCAAGGAGCCCAGAUUCCAGGCUGUAGGGGCAGCUGCAGUGUAAAUAAAUGGUGGAAGGGUCCUAGCUUUGUCUCUAGUUUGCUUUAUGCCUGUUGUUAAUGCUUGGCUUGUGAAUUGUUGUGCUACC